CGUGCUCAUGUGCACACACAUACCUAUCUGUGGGUCAGUAGUACAUAAGUAGCAUUGCAGGUAACAGGGGAGUCAGCAGCACAGCAGUUAAGGAGAGAGGCUUCAAUACACCUGUCCUCUGGUCACCUCUGCAGCUCAGAACAGACAAAAUGACACAGGAUUAUUUGGGGUUCUCCUUAGUUAGAAGUGUGUCUAACAAUGGCACCGUGGCCCUCAACAACCCGGCGGAUAUCUCUGUCAUUGUGAUCUACUUUUUGGUUGUCCUGGCAGUCGGAGUAUGGGUGAGUUUCUGAAUCUUUCCAUUGACCAUUCGGUUCACUCUAAAACAAAUAUAUGUCUGUGAAUAGUUAAUCCCUCAGCAAGGAAAAUAGAUCAUGGUUUUAGUUGAAUCUGGAGAAAAGUUGUUUUCUCUAUUCUGAAUGUGAUUUUUUUUAAAGUAAAAAAAUAGAAGCCUCUGGAUAGUGUUUCGAUGUGUUUCCUUCUGAGUGAUAAUAUGACAAAGUCUUUAAAUUUACAAAAAUUAAAUAUUUAUUAUGAUGUUCUACACUUUCUUUACUAAGUCAUUCAGAUGGCCUCCAAAAAACAUAAUCCCUAAUAGGUUCAUGGCUGGACUCAUGCAGUACACUUGUUGCUGCAGAUAUUGUCCAAUUGGGCCAUUGUGCCAGGAACAUUAUGCCAAAAUUCUCCUCAAAUGUAUGUCUUUGAUGUCAAGUAGCCUAUGAAUACCAAGAGCACUGACCUCUCAAUGAAGUACCUGGAUUGCUUCAAUUUAUGCCCAGCUGCAAAAUGUAUAAUAUUGCCAGACAUUUAUAGACCAAGUCACCAAGAAUGUUUGAAUUAAAUUGCAGAGGAAUACUUUUGCAUUUGUCAUAUUGUUUCAGCUAUGUGUGGAGAGUUGAUACAGUACUAACUACACACCUGUUGGUUCAACGUAGUUUCAUUGAAAUUACGUGGAAACAACUUUGAUUCAACCAGUGUGUGCCCAGUGGGUAGUGCUGAUUGAUGAUUGACCCAAACAAUGCUUACAAGAUGUAGUAAACCAAUUAAACACCAUAUAAACAAAAAUGUAUAUUGAGCUUUCAUAUUUAACUGAAAGAGGUGCAAACGACUGUAUCAUGUAACCACAUGGUUAUUGAUCAAUAUGAUCCCUGAUACAUGAAUAUGGUAUCUCAAAACAACUCAAUUAACCCGUCUCUCUUUGCAGGCUAUGGUGAGCACAAACCGAGCCACCGUAGGUGGAUUCUUCCUGGCAGGAAGAAGCAUGGUGUGGUGGCCUGUGAGUAUAAGUCUUCUCUCAGGACAGUCUAUUACAUAUUAUAAACUGGGUGGUUCGAGCCCUGAAUGCUGAUUGGCUGACAGCUCUAAUUACGUGGGUAACCAGUUUAUAAUAGCAACAGGCUAAGGGCUGUAUCCAGGCACUCCACGUUGCGUCGUGAUUAAGAACAGCCCUUCGUCAUGGUCUAUUGGCCAUAUACCACACCCCCUCGGUCCUUAUUGAUUAAUUAUCUCAUUAAUACAUUAUGACAUUCAAGGGCAUCCAUCUCUCUACUUUACUGGCCACUGUUUAUGACACUGGCCCAUAUUUGGAAAAACACACCCUGUUCUCCUGAACUAUCGUAAUACGUGCAUGUAUUCCAUGAAAGUGUCCAGCUCAUACUUAAAUCAGACAAAUUAUUUUAUAAGGUCAUAAUCUUUUAUCUUGAUGGCCUUCAUUUGAGACUGCUCCCAAUUACUCAAUAAUGACUAGUGUUGAUUGUACCAGAACACAUGAAGGGUCUAACUUAAUUGCAUAUUUCCCUUCUAUUGAACUAUGAACCAUGUACUUGGCAACCUUUGCCCCAUUAUCCUACAUGGAACAUCCGUUGUUGCUGUAAAUGUUCCUUUAGGAAUGAGGUGCUCCUCAAUGACCUUCCAUAUCCAAAAACUGUGAAAUAAUAUAAUUACUUUCUGUAUAGAUUGAUCAUGAACAUUCCUCUGUCCUUCCUCUGACCGCUCUCCAGAUUGGGGCAUCCCUCUUUGCGAGCAACAUUGGCAGUGGGCAUUUUGUGGGCAUCGCAGGGACUGCGGCUGCAGCUGGACUUGCCAUUGGCGGAUUCGAAUGGAAUGUGAGUGGCAACGUCUAAUGUAAAUAAAUACCAUGAUAACCUCUUCUGCAAACAUCAUCAUAACCUCUGAAACGUACCUGAUAUUAUCACUCAUCUAAUCUCUAUCUCUAUUAUCAUCUCAUCUCUAUCUCUAUUAUCAUCUCAUCUCUAUCUCUAUUAUCAUCUCUAUCUCUAUUAUCAUCUCAUCUCUAUCUCUAUUAUCAUCUCUAUCUCUACUAUCAUCUCUAUCUCUAUUAUCAUCUCAUCUCUAUCUCUGUUAUCAUCUCAUCUCUAUCUCUAUUAUCAUCUCUAUCUCUAUUAUCAUCUCAUCUCUAUUAUCAUCUCAUCUCUAUCUCUAUUAUCAUCUCUAUCUCUAUUAUCAUCUCAUCUCUAUUAUCAUCUCAUCUCUAUCUCUAUUAUCAUCUCUAUCUCUAUUAUCAUCUCAUCUCUAUCUCUAUUAUCAUUUCAGCUCUAUCUCUAUUAUUACCUCUAUCUCUAUUAUCAUCUCUAUCUCUAUUAUCAUCUCAUCUCUAUCUCUAUUGCACUUUGCAAUUGUUUGUAUAAAAGGUGAUAAACAAAUAGAUUAUAUGUUUAUUAUCUAUAUAUCUUGGGGCUGAUAAGCCUGUAGGUUAAAUGUGACUAUAUGAUCAUUACCAGAGAACAGCAGUGGGUGAAAGAAGUAACACUUCUAGUAAAAAUAUGAAUCUGUCAUUUUAUAAAUUCCCCAUCUGAGCCCUUAGGAUGUGUGUGUUUUUCAGGCCCUUGUGGUGGUGAUCAUUCUUGGAUGGCUCUUUGUGCCCAUUUACAUCAAAGCUGGGGUGAGAACAACCUUUAGUGCUAUUACAGUGUAAUUACCAUUUUACCAUGCCAUUUCUUACAUUUCUGUAGCAUAAAAUCAAGUGCUAUUCUACAAUGUAAUCAUGUCUACUGGAUGUGUUUAGGUGGUGACCAUGCCAGAGUACUUGAGGAAGAGGUUCGGAGGGCAGCGCAUCCGCAUCUAUCUCUCAGUGCUCUCACUCUUCCUCUAUGUCUUCACUAAGAUCUCAGUGAGUCACUCAUAUCUCUGUUCAUUGUAUAUUACUGAUGUUCAGUCCAUAUAAACAAAUAGGUACACUAUAUAUAUACAAAAGUAUGUGGACACCCUUUCAAAUUAGUGUAUUCGGCUAUUUCAGCCACACCCGUUGCUGAUAGGUGAAUAAAAUCGAGCACACAGCCAUGCAAUCUCCAUAGACAAACAUUGGCAGUAGAAUGGCCUUAUUGAAGAGCUCUGUGACUUUCAACGUGGCACCGUCAUAGGAUGCCACCUUUCCAACAAGUCAGUUCGUCAAAUUUCUGCCCUGCUAGAGCUGCCCUGGUCAACUGUAAGUGAUGUUAUUGUGAAGUGGAAACGUCUAGGAGCAACAACAGCUCAGCCACGAAGUGGUAGGCCACACAAGAUCAUAGAACGGGACCGCCGAGUGCUGAAGCGCGUAGCUAGUAAAAGUUGUUGCAACACUCAAUACCGAGUUCCAAACUGCCUCUGUAAGCAACGUCAGCACAAGAACUGUUUGUUGGGAGCUUCAUUAAAUGGGUUUCCAUGGCCGAGCAGCCGCACACAAGCACAAAAUCAGAUUACGUUACUGAGUUUGGGUAAUCCUAAAGUUAAGUUUUUAGACAGGUAACUAGCAACUGUAACGGAUUACAUUUAGAAAGUAACCUACCCAACCCUAAGUCUUGCAUCUCGCUUAUCUCAAUGGCCACACCUCCCCCAGUGAGCACAUCACUCCAGUGCUGUUUAACCUCCACUGGCUCCCCAUAUGCUCACGCAUCGACCACAAAAUCGUGGUUUACACUUACCAAGCUAUCCACAACUCUGGACCCAAGUACCUGUCUGACCUCAUUCUACCCUCCUGCCCCACACGCGCCCUUCGCUCCUCCAGGUCCAUCUCCCUUCAGCAGCCCUGCAGCAGACUGAAAACUAUGGGUGACAGGGCUAUCAGUUGUGCGGCACCGCGGCUGUGGAAUGCACUUCCAGACACUAUUAGGGCUGCAGAGUCUUUGUCCUUCUUUAAGGCACAGUUCAAGACCCUGCUGUUCAGAAAAGCGUUCAAGGAAUUCUGUUCUCAUGUCUUCCGGAUCUGAUGACACCUGUAUAUAGUGUUGUUUGUUGUCUGUGUUUUAUGUUCUGUGUUUUUAUUAUUAUUAUUAUUAUUAUUAUUAUUAUUAUUAUUAUUAUUAUUAUUAUUAUAUUUUUGUGCCUUGGGUGUGAGAAAAGUGCUUUACAAAUGAAAUGAAUUAUUAUUAUUAAUAUCUGCAGUGCCUCUCGUGGCAACAUCAUUUCGUUGUGCCUACCUCUACCAUUAUUUGAAUGAACAUUCUACGUUAUCAUGGACAUUUUUGCAUCACAAUACCAGGCAGCCAUUGCGAGUGUACCAUGAGUUUACCAGUCAAAUUGCCAGGGUUAGGGUUAGCCCAUUCUAUUCAUUGUCUGCUACAACACCUUGCUUGUUUCAGCAAGGGGCAGUAAAGUUUCAUCACGUUGUUAAAAGUCUAUGUUAUUGUAGAAACGGACUUAACCGCACGAAUGCUCGGCCAUCCGGUCUUCAGUCAGCUGUUCGUUGUUUUUUUUACGGUUAUGUCAGUUAUUGUAUUUUCAUGACAGUCUUCAACCAAAACCGUCGGUUACACGGUUAUACAAUAAUUGCCUCUCUCUCUCUCUCUCUCUCUCUCUCUCUCUCUCUCUCUCUCUCUCUCUCUCUCUCUCUCUCUCUCUUUAUCUCUCUCUCUUUCUCUCUCUUUCUCUUUCUCUCUCUCUCUCUCAGGCAGAUAUGUUCUCUGGAGCCAUCUUUAUUAACCAGGCUCUGGGGCUGAAUAUCUACCUUGCUGUGAUUCUCCUGCUAAGUAUCACUGCUCUAUACACAGUCACAGGUAUAUAUAUAUAUAUAUAUACUCUCCACUUAUACACUAUAUACAGUGCUAUGAAAAAGUAUUUGCCCCCUUUCUAGUUUUCUCUACUUUUGCAUAUUUGUGAUACUGAAUGUUAUCAGAUCUUCAACCAAAACCUAAUAUUAGAUAAAGGGAACAUAAGUGAACAAAUAACACAACAAUUACAUAUUUAUUUCAUUUAUUUCAUAAACAAAGUUAUGCAACACCCAAUUCCCCUGUGUGAAAAAGUAAUUGCCCCCUUACACUCAAUAACUGGUUGUGCCACCUUUAGCUGCAAUGACUCCAACCAAAUGCUUCCUGUAGUUGAUCAGUCUCUCACGUCACUGUGGAGGAUUUUUGGCCCACUCUUCCAUGCAGAACUGCUUUAACUCAGUGACGUGUGGGUUUUCAAGCAUGAACUGCUCGUUUCAAGUCCUGCCACAACAUCUCAAUUGGGAUUAGGUCUGGACUUUGACUAGGCCAUUCCAAAACUUCAAAUUUGUUGCUUUUUAGCCAUUUUCAUGUAGACUUGAUUGUGUGUUUUGGUUUUCGCCAGGCAUUACUGGAAUCAUGUUGUCCAAAAAGUUAUACUUUUGAAUCAUCUGUCCAUAGAACGUUCUUCCAAGAGUCUUGAUGAUCAUCCAGGUGCUUUUUGGCAAACUUGAGUCAACUUUUUGGACGAGAUGGGUCCCAUUAUGCCUGGCGAAAACCAAACACUGCAUUCCACAGUAAGAACAUCAUAUCAAAGGUCAAGCAUGGUGGUGGUGGUGUGAUGGUUUGGGGAUGCUUUGCUGCCUCAGGACCUGGACGACUUGCCUUAAUAGAAGGAACCAUGAAUUCUGCUCUGUAUCAGAGAAUUCUACAGGAGAAUGUCAGACCAUCCGUCUGUGAGCUAAAGCUGAAGCGCAGCUGGGUCAUGCAGCAAGACAAUGAUCCAAAACACACAAUCAAGUCUACAUGAAAAUUGCUAAAAAGCAACAAAUUGGACGUUUUGGAAUGGCCUAGUCAAAGUCCAGACCUAAUCCCAAUUGAGAUGUUGUGGCAGGACUUGAAACGAGCAGUUCAUGCUUGAAAACCCACACGUCACUGAGUUAAAGCAGUUCUGCAUGGAAGAGUGGGCCAAAAAUACUCCACAGUGACGUGAGAGACUGAUCAACAACUACAGGAAGCAUUUGUUUGGAGUCAUUGCAGCUAAAGGUGGCACAACCAGUUAUUGAGUGUAAGGGGGCAAUUACUUGUUCACACAGGGGAAUUGGGUGUUGCAUAACUUUGUUUAUGAAAUAAAUGAAAUAAAUAUGUAAUUGUUAUGUUAUAUGUUCACUUAUGUUCCUUUUAUCUAAUAUUAUGUUUUGGUUGAAGUUCUGAUAACAUUCAGUAUCACAAAUAUGCAAAAGUAGAGAAAAUUAGAAAGGGGGCAAAUACUUUUUCAUAGCACUGUAACUGUAUAUAGCAGCGAUAUACACUGAGUGUACAAAACAUGCUCUUUCCAUGACAUAGACUGACCAGGUGAAUUCAGGUGAAAGCUAUGAUCCCUUAUUGAUGUCACUUGUUAAAUCCAGUUCAAACAGUGUAGAUGAAGGGGAGGAGACAGAUUAAAGAAGAAUGAUCCACCACCCAAAGGACAUCUAGCCAACAUUAACAAACUGUGGGAAGCAUUGGAGUUAACAUGGGCCAGCAUCCCUGUGGAAUGCUUCCGACACCUUGUAGAGUCCAUGCCCCGUUGAAUUGAGACUGUUCUGAGUGCAAAAGAGUGUGCAACUCAAUAUUAGGAAGGUGUUCCUAAUGUUUUGUCCACUCAGUAAAAUAGCAGCAAUAUCUAACUAAUUCACUGAGAGGAGCGCUAUAUCGACUGUGUCCCUGUAAACCAAUAUGGAGUUCUUAUCUGUAACCAUGGCAGAAUGGAGUAAAGUCCGUCCUGUAUCGCUGCAUUUGAUUCUUUAUAACAGGCCAUGUCUGACGACACAUAUGCCUUCCUCCAAGGCUGUUUAAUUUCUGUCCCACAUGGGUAAUUACCCAUAAUCCCUGAUAAAACCUUGUUGUUCUCCUCUGUAAUGAUGCAUUAAUGCCUGGACUUUAGUUCACUGACAGGCCAUCCGCAAGGUCAGUGGCACAAGACUGUCUCUAUAUUAUGGGUUUCCAUAAUGCUCAAAUAAACAUGUAAUGGAGUUUAGUGCAGGUGUUGUAAAUCUCACACACAAAGGUGUGUUAACUGCUGAAAAUAGAGUGACUCACAGCAUCAAAUACUGUGAUGCACACGUGACACAUCGAUGCUUUCGAGAUGCAGUCAACAGCAAAGGUUAUGUGCACUGUUAUUCUUGGUUAGACAUUAAGGACUUGAUGUUCAGUCUGUAAGGCAGCCCAUCGGAAAUGUAUGUAUGCCACCGUGUCUACUCUAUUAUCUUUGUGCUCAAAUGAAUAUCAAUGACCUACAUGUAUAUUCAUAUACAGUGGGGAAAAAAAGUAUUUAGUCAGCCACCAAUUGUGCAAGUUCUCCCACUUAAAAAGAUGAGAGAGGCCUGUAAUUUUCAUCAUAGGUACACGUCAACUAUGACAGACAAAUUGAGAAAAACAAUUCCAGAAAAUCACAUUGUAGGAUUUUUAAUGAAUUUAUUUGCAAAUUAUGGUGGAAAAUAAGUAUUUGGUCACCUACAAACAAGCAAGAUUUCUGGCUCUCACAGACCUGUAACUUCUUCUUUAAGAGGCUCCUCUGUCCUCCACUCGUUACCUGUAUUAAUGGCACCUGUUUGAACUUGUUAUCAGUAUAAAAGACACCUGUCCACAACCUCAAACAGUCACACUCCAAACUCCACUAUGGCCAAGACCAAAGAGCUGUCAAAGGACACAAGAAACAAAAUUGUAGACCUGCACCAGGCUGGGAAGACUGAAACUGCAAUAGAUAAGCAGCUUGGUUUGAAUAAAUCAACUGUGGGAGCAAAUAUUAGGAAAUGGAAGACAUACAAGACCACUGAUAAUCUCCCUCGAUCUGGGGCUCCACGCAAGAUCUCACCCCGUGGGGUCAAAAUGAUCACAAGAACGGUGAGCAAAAAUCCCAGAACCACAUGGGGGGACCUAGUGAAUGACCUGCAGAGAGCUGGGACCAAAGUAAUAAAGCCUACCAUCAGUAACACACUACGCCGCCAGGGACUCAAAUCCUGCAGUGCAAGACGUGUCCCCCUGCUUAAGCCAGUACAUGUCCAGGCCCGUCUGAAGUUUGCUAGAGUGCAUUUGGAUGAUCCAGAAGAGGAUUGGGAGAAUGUCAUAUGGUCAGAUGAAACCAAAAUAUAACUUUUUGGUAAAAACUCAACUCGUCGUGUUUGGAGGACAAAGAAUGCUGAGUUGCAUCCAAAGAACACCAUACCUACUGUGAAGCAUGGGGGUGGAAACAUCAUGCUUUGGGGCUGUUUUUCUGCAAAGGGACCAGGACGACUGAUCCGUGUAAAGGAAAGAAUGAAUGGGGCCAUGUAUCGUGAGAUUUUGAGUGAAAACCUCCUUCCAUCAGCAAGGGCAUUGAAGAUGAAACGUGGCUGGGUCUUUCAGCAUGACAAUGAUCCCAAACACACCGCCCGGGCAACGAAGGAGUGGCUUCGUAAGAAGCAUUUCAAGGUCCUGGAGUGGCCUAGCCAGUCUCCAGAUCUCAACCCCAUAGAAAAUCUUUGGAGGGAGUUGAAAGUCCGUGUUGCCCAGCGACAGCCCCAAAACAUCACUGCUCUAGAGGAGAUCGGCAUGGAGGAAUGGGCCAAAAUACCAGCAACAGUGUGUGAAAACCUUGUGAAGACUUACAGAAAACGUUUGACCUGUGUCAUUGCCAACAAAGGGUAUAUAACAAAGUAUUGAGAAACUUUUGUUAUUGACCAAAUACUUAUUUUCCACCAUAAUUUGCAAAUAAAUUCAUUAAAAAUCCUACAAUGUGAUUUUCUGGAAAAAAAAUUCUCAUUUUGUCUGUCAUAGUUGACGUGUACCUAUGAUGAAAAUUACAGGCCUCUCUCAUCUUUUUAAGUGGGAGAUCUUGCACAAUUGGUGGCUGACUAAAUACUUUUUUCCCCCACUGUACCAUACACAACUACUGAGGGGUAGUUAUAGAUUCUAUAUGAUAGACAAACAUCAAAUGAACAACUGGACCAUUAACAUGCUAUCCCUUUUGACCAAGGCCAAUCAUUACAGUAAAAAAGAAAUAUCACAUUUACAGUGUAAAUGAGUACUACGGUGGUUUUCCACAGCUUAGUCAUUGAGUGUAACCCUGUAUGAGUAAUGAGUGGGAUUGUGUUGUGCUGACUCACCAUUUGCACCCUACCUCAGGUGGACUGGCUGCAGUGAUCUACACAGACACAUUGCAGACCAUCAUCAUGGUCGUGGGAUCUUUCAUCCUCAUGGGUUAUGGUAAUGUGUUUAUUCAUUUAUACUGCCUGGUCCCUCUUUUCCUUUUCCUAUAACUCUAUAUCUCUUCUUCCUUGUCCUCCUCCUGAUAAUUAUCCUCCCUUCAUUCCCUUUCUCCAUGCAUUCCUCAUUCUCAUUCCCCCUUUCUCCUCUAUUUAUUAUCUUCUUAUUCCUCUUUCACAACCCCUUUCUGUCUGUCUCCUCAGCCUUCAAUGAGGUGGGAGGUUAUGAGAACUUCCAGACGCGCUACAUGACGGCCAUACCUACUCUGACUGGGGUCAACAUCAGUGAGAGCUGCUACACCCCUCGGCCUGACUCCUUCCACAUCUUCAGGGACGCAGUGACAGGGGACCUGCCCUGGCCAGGCCUGGUGUUUGGCCUCACUGUCCAGGCCACCUGGUAUUGGUGCACUGAUCAGGUAGCCUACUGCUCUGUAGGGAAUGAACAAGUCUAACACCCUCCCACCCUCAUUUACAUGCACACACACUCGUGUCUUGUGUACAUACGCUUGUACACAUGCACUCUAUCUAACCCCCCCCCCCCCCCCCCCAGCUCUCAGCUUGUCUUAGCUGAAGUGACUACCUUAUGAAGAGAGGCAUGCUUUUAGUUAGACCCAAAUGUACUUCCCACAGACUUAGAUAUGAUUAAAAGCCAGGCACACAGAGGUGACUGUGAAGAAAGAACAGGAUGUUGAUUUAUACAACCACACCCACGAGCAAGCACUCACUCACACAUGUUAAAUACGAAAGUUGAAAAACAGUUUAUUAAAUUAGCAGAACUCAAAGCUUAACUGGGUUUCUGUUUCUCUAAUUCAUAUAUGAUAGCGCCAUGCCUUCUCCUGUGAUCAGCGAUUUGGGUCACGUUUGGAAUGGAAAACAUUUCAUUUGAUGAAUAGUUCAGCUAGAAAAGCUGCAUACACAUUUGUGCCUGUCAGAAGUUAUGUGGUUGUAUGGUGCAUGGAAGGAAUGAUGAGUGCAUUUUACUUCAAACCCCUUUCAUUCCCCUCUGCUCUUGAUAUUGGCAUAUUCAAGCAAUACAGAGGCACCAUACUUAUGUUUUGACCAUGAAAACUGAGCCUUGAAGAUUGAAUCCAUCACCUCUUUAGUAACUGGAGGCUUUUUUUCCUCCCCUGUCGUCUAGGUGAUUGUCCAGCGCUGUCUAUCUGCCAAGAAUCUUUCCCACGUCAAGGCUGGCUGUAUCCUGUGUGGCUACCUGAAGCUGCUACCCAUGUUCCUCAUGGUCUUCCCUGGCAUGAUCAGCCGAAUCCUCUACCCAGACGAGGUGGCGUGUGUGGAACCAGAUGAGUGUCUGAGGUACUGUGGGGCCAGUGUUGGCUGCACCAACAUUGCUUAUCCCAAACUGGUGGUGGACCUCAUGCCAAAUGGUGGGUAACAAAAGAUACUAGUCCAUCUAGUAACAAUGACAGUCCUAGCACCACUAUCAAAUAAAAUAAAAUUGUAUUUGUCACAUGCGCCGAAUACAACAGGUGUAGACCUUACCGUGAAAUGCUUACUUACAAGCAAUUAACCAACAAUGCAGUUCAAGAAAUAGAGUUAAGAAAAUAUUUACUAAAUAAACUAAUGUAAAAAAUAAAAUAAAAAGUAACACAAUAAAACAACAAUACAGAGGCUAUAAACAGGGGGUACCGGUUCCGAGUCAAUGUGCAGGGGUAAAGGUUAGUCGAGGUACUUUGUACAUGUAGGUAGGGGUAAAGUGACUAUGCAUAGAUAAUAAAGAGUGAGUAGCAGCAGUGUAAAAACAAAGGGAGGGGGUGUCAAUGUAAAUAGUCCGGGUGGCCAUUUGAUUAAUUGUUCAGAAGUCUAAUGGCUUGGGAGUAGAAGCUGUUAAGGAGCCUUUUGGACUUAGACUUGGUGCUCCGGUACCGCUUGCCGUGCGUUAGCAGAGAGAACAGUCUAUGACUUGGGUGACUGGAGUCUUUGACAAUUUUUAGGGCCUUCCUCUGACACAGCCAGGUAUGGAGGUCCUGGAUGGCAGGACGCUUGGCUCCAGUGAUGUACUGGGCCAUAACGCAUUACCCUCUGUAGCGCCUUACGGUCGGAAGCUGAGCAGUUGCCAUAUCAGGCGGUGAUGCAACCGGUCAGGAUGCUCUCGAUGGUGAAGCUGUAGAACUUAUUGAGGAUCUGGGGACCCAUGCCAAAUAUUUUCAGUCUCCUGAGGGGAAAAAGGUGUUGUCGUGCCCUCUUCACGACUGUCUUGGUGUGUUUGGACCAUGAUAGUUGAACUUGAAACGAUCAACCCGCUCCACUACAACCUUUUGUCCAGGUGGGAAAGGGCAGUGUGGAGUGCGAUUGAGAUUGUGUCAUUUGUGGAUCUGUUGGGGCGGUAUGCGAAUUGGAGUGGGUCUAGGGUUUCCGGAGUGAUGGUGUUGAUGUGAGCCAUGACCAGCCUUUCAAAGCUCUUCAUGGCUACCGAUGUGAGUACUACGGGGUGGUAGUCAUUUAGGCAGGUUACCUUCGCUUUCUUGGGCACAGGGACUAUGUUACUACAACACUGUUACUACUGCUACCAAUAGUGCAUUCAAUAAAGUACUACUCCUUAUUCCAGGAAAACAUUUUUUACUGCUAAUUCAACCAACAAUCACAUUUGUUCAUCUCUUCAUUCCUUCUCUUUUCUCUUUUCCACGCCUAUCCUAAUCCGCCUUCCCUCCAUUCCUGUUCUCCUUUGCAUUCCCCCCUCCCUGCCCUCUCCUCCUGUCCUCCCCCUCUCUCCUGCAGGUCUGCGAGGCCUGAUGCUGUCGGUGAUGAUGGCUUCUCUAAUGAGCUCCCUGACCUCCAUCUUCAACAGUGCCAGCACCCUGUUCACCAUGGACAUCUACACCAAGAUACGCAAAGCCUCCUCUGAGAAGGAACUCAUGAUUGCCGGGAGGUACAGUAACACACAUCUCAGCGUGCUCAAGUUCUUUGGAGUUCAAUUGCUUUAAUACGUGUGUAUAUGCUAGUGUUUGUGUAUGUUUGUAUUUAGAUAAAUGGGUAAUAUUGAUAUUGAUGUAUUAUUCUUGGCUGUGUAGGGUGUUUAUCCUGGUUCUGAUCGGGGUGAGUAUAGCCUGGAUCCCUGUGGUCCAGUCUGCUCAGAGUGGCCAGCUCUUUGACUACAUCCAGUCCAUCACCAGCUACCUGACCCCGCCCAUCGCUGCCACCUUCAUGCUCGCUAUCUUCUGUAAGCGCGUCAACGAGCCGGUAAGUCUCCAACUAAACCAAAAUCAGUGUGAUAUAAACUAGUUUCCUUUAGCUACUUGUGGUUUGAACUGGUUUAUUUAACCUGCAAUAAGGCCCGAGGGGGUGUGGUAUUUAAGUGAUAAUGCCCGAGAAGCCAGUGUUUGUUUUGUGUUUUGUUGAGAAGCUGGUGUUUGGUGUUUGUUGGAUAUAUUGGCACUGGUGUUGUUAGGCCCGAGACGAAAUCCAGCACGACACAACACGGUCGUGUAUAUCAGACCGUAUACCACGGCUAUGACCAAAGAAUGUAGUUUUUAACCAGUUUAUAAUAGCAAUAAGGUCCCUGAGGGGUUUGUGGUAUAUGGCCAAUAUAAAUAAUAAAUAAUAAAUAAAUAAAUAAUUGGUCAUUUAGCAGACGCUCUUAUCCAGAGCGACUUACAGGAGCAAUUAGGGUUAAGUGCCUUGCUCAAGGGCACAUCGACAGAUUUUUCACCUAGUCGGCUCGGGGAUUAGAACCAGCGACCUUUCGGUUACUGGCACAACGCUCUUAACCACUAAGCUACCUGCCGCCCACUCUGCGUUGCGUCGUGCUUAAGGACAGCCCUUUGCCAUGGUAUAUGGGCCAUAUACCACACCCCUUGGGCCUUAUUGCUUAAGUAGUUUAUCUGUACUCUGCUGGCUAGUUUCAAGGGACCCUGGUUACCACUUUCACCAUUUACUGCCUUGUUCCUGUGUAUGUUUGUGUUAUACAUGAUGUUUGUGCAAUAGAAAGUGAACCAUGAAAAUGUGUUGAGUUACAUAUACCCCCCCACACUUUCAGGGUGUGUUCUAUGGCCUUACGUUAGGUCUGGCUAUUGGCUUAACCAGGAUGAUCGCUGAGUUUGCCUAUGGGACAGGAAGCUGUGUGACCCCCACUAACUGUCCUGAGAUAAUCUGUGGGGUCCACUACCUCUACUUCUCCAUCAUUCUGUUCUGUAUCUCCUGCCUGGUGAUAGUCAGCAUCUCCCUCAUGACCAAACCCAUCGACGACAAACAUGUAAGUUACAACUGCCCCCGAUACCCAAACUUAUUUUGUUAUUCUUCCAUCUGUGAAUGUAAUUUAAUAAAAACUCUGUCACUCUGCUAUCUCUAAAUGAACUUCUCCCCAUUUGUUUGUCCCAUGCCUCUCCCUCCCUCCAUCUCCAGUUGUACCGGUUGUGCUGGCAGCUGAGGAACAGCACAGAGGAGAGGGUGGAUCUGGAGCUAGACAAUUGGACAGAAAACCAAGAACCUGACUCGAUGGAUAUUGAAGGUAAGAGAGGUCUCACUCCCAUCUCUAUCUGUUAUUCCGUGACAUACAUACAGAUGUUUCUUCUCACAUCUGCAUUCAUACGUGCGCACGCACACACUGUCUCCUCAUCCCUGUGUUUGUGUGUCUGUGCAGAGCCCACAGAGGAGCCAGGCUGUUGUAAGAAGGCAGUAUUGAGCUUCUGUGGUUUGGAGAAAUCGAAUGCUCCCAAGCUGAGUGCUGAGGAGCAGGCUGAGCUGCAGAGGCAACUCACAGACACCUCAGAGAAACCCUUGUGGAGGAACGUGGUCAAUGCCAACGCCAUCAUCCUCCUGUGCGUCUGUGUCUUCUUGCACGGCUUCUACGGUUAAACAUCUCCUCAUCCUGGACCUCCAGUGCCCUGGAGUCUGGCCUGUCAAACCAUCAACUUGAGGAGCCUCCUCUUUCAAACCUGAAAUCCUCCCCAGACUCACAGGCCCACGACGCACUGUAAAUUGCCUUCUCUCUUACACUCCCUCCCUCUAUCCAUCAUCUGUACAGGUCCCUCUUAACCUCUUAACUCUGUAAUCUCCACACCUCCAUAACGUGGUCAAUGCUACGAACGCCUUACCUAGCUCCAUACCUGAAUGACUGGCCUGGACUCUCUAACUGGGAGUCACAACGCUCCUUCGGUUGGUGUUCUUUGUUCUCUGCUUUGUGGACUUUAAAUGUAUGUUGAAUGUGUCAUGAAGAUUAUGAUGAUGAUAAAGAGGAUGAUCAUGAUGAUGAUGAUGAUGAUACUGAUGAUGAUGAUGAUGAUGAAAGAUCUGAAUAGAACUCAGUGUCCAAUGUUAUCCAAUGUUCACUUUGAACUUUCUGACCUUCAUGAACAUUCUAUAUUUCGGUAUAUUACAUACACUAGGUGGGGGUGC